AUGAUGACCCCCAUGCGAUAUGUGGUCCUCGUCCUCUUCGUCAUUCUCGGACUACACUUUAUUCUCUCCAUCUCACACGAAGGCUAUGGAAAUGCGACUUCUAUUGGCCGUCUCAAGUCGUCGUUGAGCGGUGGACUGGACCCCUCGCGCGAGGUGCCAGAUUCGUACCGCUGGAGCUCAGACUCAUCAGCCGUUCAACCCAUAAGCGCGCGGAAAGCAAAUGCCACCAUUGUCAUGCUGGCUCGUAAUUCAGAUCUCAAGGGGAUCAUGAAAAGUAUGAAGCAAAUGGAGGACCGGUUCAACAAGCAGUUCCAAUAUCCCUACACUUUCCUCAACGAGGAGCCCUUCAGCGACCAGUUCAAAGAGGGCGUUUCUGCGCUUACGACGGCACCUAUCGAGUUUGGCCUCAUUCCCCACGAUGAUUGGUACCAGCCGGACUGGAUUGACGAGAGCAAGGCAACACGCGCUCGGGAGAAAAUGGUGAAGGAUAAGGUCAUCUAUGGAGGAAGCGUGCCAUACCGCAACAUGUGUCGCUUCAACUCCGGCUUCUUCUACAGGCAUCCGCUGAUGUUGAAGUACCGCUACUACUGGCGUGUCGAGCCGGACGUCACGUUCUUCUGUGAUCUCGAUUAUGACCCUCUGUUGUUUAUGGAGGACAACAAGAAGGUCUACGGCUUUACCAUCGCAUUGCCUGAAUAUGGCGAGACGAUCACUACCCUCUGGGACACAGUCAGAGAAUUCAUCGACGAGAAUCCGGACAUGAUUCCCAAAGAUAACGGAAUGCGCUUCCUCUCGGAUGACAACGGCGAAACUUACAACCGUUGCCAUUUCUGGUCAAACUUCGAGAUCGGCGACCUCGACUUCUGGCGUUCCGAGGAGUACGGAAAGUUCUUCGAUACGCUCGACAAGGCCGGAGGCUUCUACUAUGAGCGCUGGGGCGACGCGCCCGUGCAUUCAAUCGGCGCGGCUCUGCUCGCGCCUAAGGACAAGUUGCACUUCUUCAACGACAUCGGUUACCGCCACGAGCCGUUUGAGCACUGUCCGAUGUCGGACGCGCACAAGCGUGGAAAGUGUUGGUGUACUGGCGAGGACAACUUCGACUACCACUGGUACUCGUGCUUGCCCAAGUAUGACCAAAUGUUCUGA